AUGCCAAAUUGGUAUGGUAAUACAUUGAAUGAUCAGGCUGUUUGUUUAAAUGAGGGUCGAGGUGUUACAACAAGCGAGAAAACUAGUGAAACUGAAGCUAUACUUGAAUCAAUUAUUGCUACUGAUCCUGAUAUUGCUGGUCAAGAUCGUUCCAAUCCAACUGCUCUAUUCUCUCCAGCCAUAAUGAUUAUUUUUUAUAUGGAUUUAAAUAAGUAUGCAGAUUUAAUUGAAUCUGCUGUUUUGGCCACAAUACGUGAAGCGAAAAAUCUUAUAGCUGAUCAUGGCAGUCGUUCCGCUUGUUCUUAA